AUGAAUGACGACUAUGAGAACGUUGAAUGGAAUGUGCAUGCGACAACGGACGUCUAUACACCUCUCGCUGAAGCUCAGGACCCACUUACAGCACUGAGCAACUCUUACGACGCCAAGACCUUCACUCAAGAGAGUUCGCCUCUAAGCGCCAAUCACUAUUACUCACCACCUCCACCACCAUCCACCACGACACCUGUCAUGCCAACCAACGGAUCGGCUGAAUCCCUUCAUGAUGACACAAACUCCCCACGAUCCUACAGUAUUCCAACUCCACCUCAAAACAAUGUCGACGAAAAUCCUCCUUAUCAUGCAAAAAAGAUGACUAUCCAAGUGACGGAUCCACAAAAGCAUUCAGAAGGGCCACAAGGUGCUUACAUCAGUUAUCUUGUUACGACAAUGACGGCCGUGGAAACGUUUGCUUCAUCUCAUCCUCGACCAGUGCGGCGGAGAUUUCAGGAUUUCGUAUGGCUGCAUAAUGCUCUCACUUUGGAAUUUCCUGCAUGUAUUGUGCCGCCGCUACCAGAGAAACAUCGACUAGAAUAUAUCAAAGGCGACCGAUUUGGAUCUGAUUUUGUUGAACGGCGUAGAGUUGGAUUGCAAUGGUUUUUGGAUCGGAUAGCAAGGCACCCAGAGCUUCAACAAUCACAAUGCUGCCGUGUAUUCCUCGAAUCAGGUGACUUUAGAAAUGACAAGCACAUGCAACACGUACCACCUACCACUUCUGUAUUCGAGUCAUUGAGUGACACGUUACUCAACGCAUUCACCAAGAUCAAAAAGCCCGAUGAACGCUUUGUUGAGAUGAAGGAUACAAUUGACAAGUUGGAGGAUAAUCUCAAUACGGUGGAAAGACUAUAUUCUCGAAUCAGCAAAAGGCAAAUUGAUCUUCAGCAAGAUUAUCACAGCUUCGGCAUGAGUAUACAAGGAUUGGCUGGUCUAGAAACAGGCAUAUCACAACAACUCCACGGGUUCUCGGAAGCUGUUUUGAGCUAUGUAAAGGCAAUGUCUGAGAUGAGUCACAAAGAAGAUCUCCUCUUUCUCAAUGAUAUCCAUGAGCUUUUAGCGUAUUGUAAUUCUGCAAAGGCGGUUUUACGGGCGAGGGAUCAAAAGCAAGUUGAUUUUGAAGAGCUUUCAGCAUUUCUCCAUCGAACAAUUCAAGAACGUGAAAGGACAUUACAUCCUGGACGACAUAUGAAUGGUGGUCUGAAUAUUUCUGAAAUCGUUACAGACAAGCUCAAUGAAGUUAGAGGGGUUAAUAUGCAAGUAUCACGACGAGAAAAGUUGGCACGGCUGGAUCGUAAAGUCAAAGAGCUGGAAACGGAGGUAUCUCACAGCAACGAUGUCUCGAAUGCAUUCUCCAAUCAAGUCCUCAAGGAAUAUGAAGUUUUCCAACGAGCCAAAACCGAUGAAUUGAAAGAAGGUCUCAAGGCAUAUGCCGAUUCACAUGUCACGUUUUAUGAGAAGGGAGUAUCCAUAUGGGAAAGCGUGCUACCUAUAUUGGAAAGCAUACAAGUUGAUGAGGAAUCUGAAAGCAAUAAACCAUCCACGUAA